CCGGCGAGCCGGAUGAAGUUACCGGGCUCAAAAUAUUUGCCGCCCCCAAGCAAACUGCAAAAGCAAAACCAGAGCGCAGCAAAACUAGAGCCAAAAGCAUGAAGCGGGGGUUGAGCUUGGACCAGGUGCUCAAGGACAACAACACUCGCGACCCCAACUCCAUUUCUUCUCUCAUCCUCACUCACAGGGCUCUCUCCGAUGUUUCGUGCUUGGGCGAGCUCAAGAAUCUGGAGAGGCUCGAUCUCAGCGCCAACACGCUCACUUCGCUUGAGGGGUUGAAGUCAUGCGUCAAUCUGAAAUGGCUGUCUGUUUCUCAAAAUAAACUGCAAAGCCUCAAGGGAAUUGAAGGACUUUCUAAGCUCACUGUGUUAAAUGCAGGCAACAAUAAGCUUACAGUGAUGGAUGAAGUCAAGUCUAUUGUGAGUUUGCGUGCAUUAAUUUUGAAUGAUAAUGAGAUUGCUUCGAUUUGCAGACUUGAACAGAUGAAAGAGUUGAACACUCUUGUUCUUUCUAAAAAUCCGAUUCGUGAUAUUGGUGAUUCUUUGAUGAAUGUCAAAUCUAUCAAAAAGCUUUCUCUUUCUCACUGCCAACUUCGGAGUAUACAGUCUUCGCUCAAGUCAUGUGUUGAACUGAAAGAGCUGCGGCUCGCUCACAAUAAUAUUGAGGGUCUCCCUGCUGAGUUGGCUCAUAAUAAGGGACUCCAGAAUCUGGAUCUGGGGAAUAAUGUGAUCACAAGAUGGUCGGAGCUGAAGGUGCUUGAUUCCUUGGUCUAUCUGAAGAAUCUCAAUCUGCAAGGAAACCCUGUAGCUGAAAAGGAUAAAUUAGCAAAGAAGAUUAAAAAGAUGUUGCCGAACCUGCAUGUUUUCAAUGCAAGACCAAUAGAUAAAUACACCAAGAAUGAGAAGGGUGCCCGGGUUGAUGCAGUUGAUGAAGAAAAAUAUAGAGAUUCAAAACAUCAAGGGUUGGGUGAAACGAAGGAUAGUAACCUUGAUAAUGCUAGAGAAUUGGAUAUGAAGAGGAAACGGAAUAGGGAGAAAGCAAAUGAGAAUGUCUCGGACCAGGAAGUUUUGGUCCAGGAGGAUGAAGAAGGGGAUAGCAUCAAGAAAAAGAAGAGACAUCAGGUUGUAAAUGAAGAUUUUAGUAAUCUUGAAGAUGCUGCUGAUUUGGAGGAAUCAAAGGGAAAGAAACUGAAAAAGAAAGGCCAUAAAGAUGAUGAUACGAAGGUUAAAAAGAAACUAGAUAAGGUGAAGCAACAAAGUGAACUUGAUAUUAUUGAUGAUGCAGACACUCCAUUUUUGGAGCUUUUUUCUGAUGACAAAGUGGUAGAUGCUGAGGAUGAUGGCGAACAAAGUAAGGACAAGGCUAGUCACACAAAAUUGUCGAGUGGUGUAGUGACCAUCACUUCAAGUAAAGCUAAGAAGCGGAGCACAGGUUCUACUUUACCGUUGUUGCCUGUAGAUGAAAUUGGAGUGGGUGGGCCAUCAACAUGGGACUGAUUAUUAAUACUCAUGUUCAGGAAGCUAUGCAACUUUGGUUACCCUUAUGUAAAAUUUUGAUUCACAGAUUAACUUGCCAUGUGAGAAAAGCUAGGAUCUGGAUCAGGAUACUGGAUGUAGGUAAAAUCCAUAUAGAUAUGUGGGAUAAAUUUUAACCAGUGGCAUGCACUCCUUUUGCUGAUGUUUGAUUAUUCACACUAAAAAUGAAGUAUGGGGUUUGGCUA